CUGUCAAUCUACCAACACCACGUGCGAAAUAGAAGAAGAAAAGAGAGGAGAGGAGAGGAGAGGAGAGAAAGAGGAGCCCGUCGAAGAAGAAUACCACUGAGAUCGACCACCGACCUGGGUGACCACCGACGACCAGCAAAAAACUCUGCCGAAGUGACUGUGUUGUUCGGCAUUUCUUCUUCUGAGGCCUCUGUUUCUUCUUCUUCAUUCUGUUUCUUGUCCAAGGGUACAAUGGACAUUGAUUCAAACCAUCCUACAUUGAGUGGGGGUGAGGAAGUUGAGGAAGCAGAGAACAAUCCUUCAUUAAAUGAGAGUGACGAAAUUGAAGAACCUAAGAAGGGGAUGUGGUUUACCUCAAAGCAAGAAGUUCACGAGUUUUAUGCAAAAUAUGCUAAAAACCUUGGAUUUGCUAUAGCUUACAGAACACAGAAUGUUAGAUCGGAUGGAAAGGUGAAAUACUUUGGAAUUGAAUGUACUCGGGCGCAGAAGAGGACAAAAAGAUCAGAAGUAAACCCCCUGAAACCAUCUUUGUCAUCAAAAAUUGAUUGUAAAGCUAGGAUAAGAGCGAUUUUACAACCAGAUGGAAGAUAUAAGUUAACUACAGUUGUGCUUGACCAUACGCAUGAUUUAAUUCCUAGCGACUCACGCCAUUUUCCAAUGAAUAAGAGGAUUCGUACUCCUGUGAAGAGAAGAUUAGAAAUAAAUGAUGAAGCAGGAAUAGGGGUAUCUAGGAAUUUUCAUUCUAUAGUUGUUGAAGCGGGGGGAUAUGAGGCAUUAACAUUUGAUGAACGAGAUGUAAGGAACCACAUUGAAAAUGCUAGAAGAUUGAGGCUUGGGGUAGGAGACGCCGAAUCAGUUGCAUUUUAUUUUCAUAGGAUGCAACAAGAAAAUUCAAACUUCUACUCUGCAAUUGACUUUGAUGUAGAUGGUCGCAUUCGAAACUUGUUUUGGGCGGAUGCAAGGAGUAGGGCGGCUUAUAAAGCAUUUGGGGAUGUUGUCUCAUUUGACGCGACCUAUCUUACAAACAAGUAUGAUAUGCCGUUUGCUCCGUUUGUAGGAGUUAAUCACCAUGGACAGUCAAUCUUGUUUGGUUGUGGGCUAUUAUCUAAUGAGAACACGGACACUUUUGUUUGGCUAUUCAAAGAAUGGUUGAAUUGUAUGUCAGCCACUCCUCCAAAUGCUAUUAUAACUGACCAGUGCAGAGCUAUGCAAAAUGCCAUACAGAUUGUCUUCCCAGAGGCUCGACAUCGUUGGUGUUUAUGGCAUGUAAUGAAGAAAAUUCCCGAGAAAUUGAGAGGAUAUUCCCAAUAUGAAGCCAUUAAAUUCGCUUUACAAAGUGCAGUCUAUGAUUCUUUCAGAAAAGAUGAAUUUGAUGAGGAAUGACAAACGAUGAUUGAAAAGUUUAGCCUCCAUGACAACGAGU